UAGAUGCCACUGUGUUUAAGGACUCUUGCCUCCAGGUGUUAUUUCCCCUUAUCAGAGGCAGCACGGACUGUCUGUACCUCAACAUCUGGGUUCCUCACAACGGCUCAGUGUCCUCUGAUAUGCCGGUCAUGGUCUGGAUCUAUGGUGGCGCCUUCAUGAUUGGAAGCUCUAUGGGUACUCAGUUCCUGCAGUACACUCAGUUCAGCGGGCAGGAGCUAGCCGACAGAGGGAAUGUGAUCGUGGUUUCAAUCGGAUACCGGGUCGGCUCUCUGGGCUUCCUGAGCACUGGAGAACCAGAACUUGCUGGAAACUACGGUCUUUGGGACCAGCAGGCUGCCAUCGCCUGGGUGCACAGGAACAUCCGUAAAUUCGGAGGGGACCCCGAGACCAUCACAAUUUUCGGGGAGUCUGCAGGCGGAGCCAGUGUCAGCCUCCAGGUACUCAUUGUGUGA